AUGUCAUCAGUUGCAAAAUAUAUAAAAACAACAAAUCCAUUACCUACAUUUUUUUUCAGUCAUGGAGGACCAACAUUUAUGUAUGAAAAUGAUUCAUUUGGUAAUAAAGGAGCAUGGAAAACAAUCAAGAAAUUAGGAACUAAAAUAAAACAACAAUGGAAGCCAGAUUAUAUUAUAGUAGUAUCAGCACAUUGGCAAAGUUCAAAACCAAAUCUUAUAGAAAUUGCAACAACAUCAAAUGAUGAUAAAGAAAAUGAAUUAAUUUAUGAUUUUUAUGGAUUCCCCAAUUAUAUGUAUAAAGAAGAAUUUCAUACAAAAAAUAAUAAAUUUAUUGCAAAUGAAAUUAAAAAUAAAUUAAUUGAAAAUGGAUUUAAUUCCACUUUAACUAAUAGAGGUAUUGAUCAUGGUGUAUGGGUUCCAUUUAAAGUUGCAUUUAGUGAUUAUACUACACAAACUAAACCACAACCACCCACCACCAAGGAUUUGGAUUUACCAAAUACUUCAAUUAUUCAAGUCAGUUUAACUUUUAAUGAUAAAGAUUUUAAUUCAAAUUUUAAAUUAGGUGAAAUUUUAAAUUUUUUUAGAACAAAUGAAAUUUAUGAUACUAAUGAAAAAAGAUAUUUAAAAGGUAUGGUUAUUUGUUCAGGUAUGUCAGUACAUAAUUUAAGAGACUUGGGGGUUGCAAUGAGACAAUCAUCACAAGUUAUGCCAUAUGUUAAACCUUUCAAUAAAUUAUUAAAAAAUAUAGUAGAAACAGAAAUUGUUACUGAUAAAGAAGAUUCAAAAGAAGAAGAUUUAAAAUUAAAAAAAUUUAAUGAAUUAAAAAAUUUACCAAUUUUAAAACAAGCUCAUCCAACUUUAGAACAUUUUUUACCAAUUAUUGUUGCAAGUGGUAUUGCAUCAAAUUCUAAAACAAAAAUUAAUGAAUUAUAUAAUGAUGAAUUUGCAAGUUUAGGUUGGGGUAUAUAUCAAGUAGGUGAUUCACCAAAAUUGUAA